GCCGGGAAACACUGCGCAAUCCUGGCAACAACAGUUGCGACCCACAAUAGUCCUUAUUCAUCAUCGAUCCCGGCGCGGGUCUGCCGCCUCAGUUCUGUAGCUUGAUGUUGUAUUAUCAGUCGUUCACCGUUGCACAACUGUGCUCGAGAGCUCAUAGCACCUCGACACCCUGAACUUCCACCAAUCGUCUUAUUUCAACGCCACGUCCUGGACGCACGUCCACUCCAGAUCCUGGCCUUCGACACGGCCUGACAGAUUCAUAUUCUUCGAAUUGCGACGACCAUCAUGUUGAGCUUCCGCCGAGCUCUGCUCAUCGCAGGCCUGCUGUUGACUUUCUUCCUCAUACUCCGCCAGUCCCACCGCUCAUCGAAUGCAGCAUACCUACAAGAGUCAUCUGGCUCCUCGGGGAAGGCGUCAGAAAGAAAAGGAGGCAUCGAUACUGUAGGCAAGAAUAGAAAAGGUGAGAGCGCGUUUGCCAAGGAAGAUGGACGCAGCAGACAACCAGGCACACCUGCUCUCCAGGUACCGCUGGAGCAAUCGAAACUACAGCCAUUGAGGAAACAAUUGGCCUUUGCCUACCCGUAUCGUCCAGAGGGCAAGUUCCCUGCAUACAUCUGGCAGACGUGGAAAUACGCUCCUUCGUCGAGCAAAUUCGACGAUUCGAUGCGCCCAGCGGAAGCCUCGUGGACCGAGCUCAACCGCGACUUUGUUCACGAAGUCAUCACCGACGAUGUCGCCGCGAGUCUGAUUCAGCAUCUCUAUGCUAGUGUGCCGGAAAUUCACGAGGCAUACAUGGCAUUACCGCGGCCUGUCCUGAAAGCCGAUUUCUUCCGCUAUCUGAUAUUGCUGGCGCGAGGCGGCAUCUACUCCGAUAUCGACACGGUCGCGUUGAAGUCUGCCGUCGAAUGGAUCCCCGCUAGCAUCCCGCGCAGCAGCUAUGGUCUUGUCAUCGGCAUCGAGGCCGAUCCGGACCGCCCGGAUUGGCAGGAUUGGUACUCGCGACGGAUUCAAUUCUGCCAGUGGACGAUCCAGGCCAAGCCGGGCCAUCCGGUGCUCGUCGACGUCGUAGCCACCAUCACAGAGGAGACGUUGAGGUUGAAGCGGGCCGGCAAAUUGAACGAUCCUAAAUUGCGUGUGAUUGAAUUCACCGGACCGGCGGUGUGGACCGAUGCCAUCUUCGAUUUCUUCAACGACCCUGCGUAUUUCGACGUGGAGCCUGGAAAAGGGAAUAUUACUUGGAGGCAAUUCACUGGCAUGACCGCGGCCAAGAUCGUGGGCGACGUCGUUGUGCUUCCGAUCACGUCCUUUUCGCCGGGAGUACAGCAGAUGGGGGCUGGUCCCAUCGAUGAUCCGAUGGCGUUUGUCCAGCAUAAUUUCGAAGGUAGCUGGAAGCCCGAGUCCGAGCGACACAUAGGUGAAUAG